UGGGAAAUUAUGAUCUGAUCUGGUCUGUGGUCUCGGUCUCCUGUGUGUUGUAUAAAAUAAAUUUGGAAAUUCCAAUCUAUCACACACCUGAAAGCUUGAAAGCCUGAAACGAAAGGAAAAAGUGAAAGUAUGGCGGCAAGGUUCCAAAUGGCGUGCGAUUCUCAACCUCCUUCCCUGUCUCCUUCCUUUGUUCUCCCGGAGGACAUAAGGCCACGUCUCCAACAAGUGUCACACGGCAUCUCUGUUCCGGUCAUCGACUUGGCCGCCGAUGAUCAAUCCCUUGUGGUUGGAAAAGUAUCGGAAGCCUGCCAGCAGUACGGCUUCUUCCAGGUCAUCAAUCACGGAAUCCCGCAAGCCUUGUGCGACAGAGUACUGGACACAGUCGCCCAAUUCUUCCACCUCCCUCCCCAACACAGGAACCAAUACGUCACCACCGACCACAAGAAGAAGGUUAAAAUCUUCAAUUACUACGCCAACGUGGAGGGGCGGAGGGUCAACAUGUGGAGCGAAACCUUCACGCUUCCCUGGAAUCCCGAUCCCGUGGAGACGGAGUAUCUGGACGUGGUACCCGAAGAGCCAGCCGUAUACAGGGAAGUUUACGGGGAGUACGCGAGGGAGAUGGGAAGCCUAAUGGAGAGGCUUCUGGGGUUGAUGUCGUUGGGGCUGGGCCUGGAGGAGGGCGCGCUCAAGAGGCGCAUCGGGGCCAAGCCGGAGCUGUACUCGCAGGCCAACUACUACCCGCCCUGUCCGGACCCAGAGCUCACCAUGGGCCUCGGGGCCCAUACUGAUAUUGUAGCCAUUGCGGUGCUGUUGCAGAACCAAGCCCCCAGUGGGCUCCAUAUCAUGAAAGAUGACCACUGGGUCUCCGUCGAUCCUAUUCCCAAUUCACUUGUCGUCAAUUUGGCUGAUCAAGUCCAGGUUUUGAGCAAUGGAAGGUACAAGAGUGUGAUCCACAGGGCUGUGACCAACAGCGUGAUGGAACGAGUAUCCAUGGUAAUGUUCUAUGCACCCAACGACGACACGGUGAUCAAGCCAAUUGAGGAGCUGACCGACGAACACCAUCCUCCCUUGUACACAAGCUUCACUUACAGAGAGUUCAUGCAACGCUUCCACGCCCAGGAAGGAAGAAGAAGAAGAGUCAAGGAAACUUUUGAGCUCCCCCACACCCCAACUCAAUCAACUUCCCCUAAUUAACGUGUUUGAACUUCUUAAUUUCAUUUAAACCAUGAAACCCCAAUUUGAAUUUGAACAAUUCGUUCUCCCGUGCGUUGGGUUUAACUUAAGAUCUCUGUUUUUUAACCCACUUUUUCUCGCGACAUUAGAUCCUUUUUAUGUAUGUAUCCUGUAACCCCAAUAUAUAAUUGAAGCAAGCUUCAGCUGA